AUUGGAGAGAAAAUUGGGAGAGAAUAGCAUAUCAGUGCAGGAGAAUUUUGUUUUGGGGGUGUUGGAGGGGCUUGGGAAAAAAGGUUUCUUUGCAGGGAAGAGGCGAUUUCGGAGUUUUGGAGUAUGUUCAAGGAGAUGAAAGACGCUGGUUAUGUAAUUGAUACUGAUACUUAUGUUCAAGUAAUGAGGGAGUUUCGGAUGAGGAAGAUGGUGAAGGACGCUGUUGAGCUUUUUGAGCAUAGGAUGAAUAGUCCAUUUCAGUAUUUGUCCAACGAGUGUAGUUUGCUUUUGCAUGCCAUUGCAUCGGCUGUUGAUCCUGACUUGGAUCUGAUGUCUAGAGUUGUGAAGAAAUAUGAGGCAGCUGGGUAUUGUUUAUUGAAGAGUGACUAUGAGGGGAUCCACUGUUGUUUGUUGAGUGCUGGAAAGUUUGAUGAAGCAGAGCAGAUCAUACGGACCAUGAACAGAGCUGGUUAUGAACCAUCUAGUAUCAUCCACAAACAAUUGAUUUUUGGACUUUGUAAAGCAAGAAGGCUAGAAGAAGCCAUUGAAUUACUAGAUGAGAUGGAAGCUCAGGGAUGUAUUCCUGUUGUUGAGACUGCGAUGAUCGCAGUAAUGAGAUGUUGUUGUGAUAUCGAUGGAGUUGACAAGGCAUUCCUAUGGUUUGGAAAGAUGGUGAAAAAAGGCUUUGAUGCAGAUGCUGGUCUUCUGGAUGUUCUAGUCAAUGGAUUUCUGAAAGAGAAGAGGGUCAUUGAAGGAUACCAGUUUCUUGUGGAAAUGGUUGACAAGGCUCGUGUGGCACCACGGCAUGCUACACUUAAGAAUCUGAUUGAAGAGCUUCUUGGAGAGAGGAGACUGGAAGAAGCCUUGAACCUUCUUCGGCUAAUACAGAAACGGAAUUAUGAACCGGAUCCAGAGCCUUUCAUCCAGUAUAUCUCGAAGUUUGGUUCUGUGGAGGGUGCUUGGGUGUUUUUGAGGACACUAAGUAAGAAGCAGAGUAAAAAGCAUGUAUCUGUCUUGGGUUGCCAACUUGUUUUUCAGUCCUUCUUUAAUGAGGGUAGACGUUCUGAGGCUGAGGAGCUGUUCUGUAAGUGCCCUAGAUAUAUUCACAAAAAUCCUGCACUUCGCGUCCUUUUUUCUUCUUCUGGGAGCAGCAACGUGGUAGCAGCUUCAGCUUGAGAUCAUGACUUAGUAGGUAACUGGUUGAUAGCUAGCUGUAAUCUACAGAGGCACCAUAUGCACCACUGGCUAAGUCUUUACUGAACUUUGUCGAUUGUAGAUUAGUGUUGAAAAUUCUCUCUUGUAAAUAACAAGUUAGGGGCUUGUGUUGGCCAAAAACUCUCAACUCACGGCUAAAGCUUGCUAUUUCUUUUGGUCUUAUAAGGCCCUCAGAUAAUUAGCUUGUAUAUACUGCAUCGUUGAGGAAAUAUAUGCAAGUGGUCUAUCUGCUAAUCAUUUUCUUAUCAUCGAGUUGUUAUGAUGAUAUGCUUUGGCUA